AUGAACAUAGCCGACGCAGCCACGAAAUGGAAGGAGGGGCCAAGCUUCGAUCCGACCAGUCCGUGGUACAAUGCUCCAGAAUUUUUAUACCAAGAACAGGAUCAGUGGCCUUCAGAACCCCCGCGGAAACAAGCAGAAACAGAAGUCGAACUGCGUUCUGGAUUUUUAUUCCACGGCAUGAUGCCGAAAGCCGUUGUUGAUUGUUCCAGGUUUUCAAACUGGAAUCGUCUAUUGAGGGCAACCGCUUACGCUUUGCGUGCUGUACGCAGAUUUAGAGGGGAACCGGCGUCCCAGUCGGAUUUUCUAUCUCAAAAAGAGUUGUGUGAUGCGGAAAUAGCAAUAUGGAAGCAGGUGCAAGCUGGAACCUAUUCAGACGAGUACGCGAUUCUGGAGCGUAACCUGACGAAUCCCACAAGUUUAGCUCCAUUCCCGAAAUCUAGUCCACUGUAUCGACUUUCGGUAUUCUUGGAUGAACGAGGUGUCGUCCGAAUGAACAGUAGAAUAUCUACUUCGCCGUCUGUAUCGUAUGACACGAAAUUUCCGAUUGUGCUGCCAAGGAAAGAAUAUGCAGUCUAUCUUCUAACGGAGAGCUAUCACCGGAGGUUUCUUCACAGGAACGGGGAGACAGUCUGCAAUGAAAUGCGUCAACGAUUCUUCGUACCCGGACUUCGAAUUCUGAUUCGGCAGGUGGCAAAGCAGUGCGUGACGUGUCGUAUUCGAAAGGUUGUUCCAAAUCCUCCUCUGAUGUCAGCUCUGCCUGCAGUUCGUGUUACAGGAAUGAUCAGACCGUUUACGUUCACUGGAGUGGACUAUCUAGGACCAAUACAGGUCAAGCAAGGUCGCAGCUUAGUAAAGAGGUGGGUGGCAUUGUUUACCUGCUUGACUAUACGUGCUGUACAUCUAGAAGUGGUGCACAGUCUGUCCACCCAGUCAUGUAUAAUGGCCAUCAGACGUUUUGUGGCUCGUCGUGGUUCCCCGGAGAAUUUUUAUAGUGACAACGGCACAAAUUUCUUGGGAGCGAGCAACAUAUUGAAAAAUCAGAUACAGAAUAUCCAUGAGGACUGUGCGGUCACGUUUACGAACAGCAAGACCAACUGGAUUUUCAAUCCACCAUCAGCACCUCAUAUGGGCGGUUCAUGGGAGCGUAUGGUGCGCUCCGUAAAGGCUGCCAUGUCAGCAAUUGCGGACCAUCCACAUCAUCCGAACGAUGAAGUUCUGGAGACGGUAGUGCUGGAGGCUGAGGCAGUUGUCAACUCCAGGCCGCUAACUUACAUCCCUUUGGAAUCGAUGGAGCAGGAGUCGCUUACGCCGAAUCAUUUCCUGCUCUUUGGCACCAAGGGUAUCACACAGCCGGAGAUGUCGACAAGGCUGGAAGGAGGAAUCCUGCGUGACAGCUGGCGUCUAGCGCAAUGCCUGGUGGAUCAUUUUUGGAACCGUUGGAUUCGAGAGUACCAUCCAACUAUAACCAGACGCACCAAGUGGUUCGAACCGGCUAAGCCGUUGGAAGUUGGGGACCUGGUACUCGUGGUAGAAGAGAGUAAACGGAACGGAUGGUUGAGAGGCAGAAUUCUAGAUGUGGUUAAGGCAGCGGAUGGGCAAGUUCGACGAGCAGUUGUGCGUACUAAAAACGGAAUACUCAACAGACCUGCAGUGAAAUUGGCACUUCUGGAUCUUCAGAAACCUGGGGACGGUCCGGAACUACACGGGCAGGGGGAUGUUACGAAACCACAGGGCAGUUUCGUGCAGUAG